AUGCCCUCACCUCUCCUUUCAUCUUAUUCACAAUCACAACCUCUUCCUGAACUUCCCACACUCUCCUCAGAUUCUUCUCCAUCUUCGCUUUUUCCUUCCCAAGCUUUGUCACCUGACAUUGCUCCACUUUUGCCUUCUUCUGGUGGUGCUUUACCAACUCCUACAGGCUCUGAUAUUCCCACUAUUCCUUCCAAUCCAAGUCCUCCAAACCCAGAUGACAUCAUUGCUCCAGGACCCUUUUCUGCAUUAGCACCAUAUGGAUCAAUACAAGCUACUUCCAAUGCUCAUACAAGUGUAGUUUUUGACAUAGUCACUACUGUUUUUGCAUGUUUAGCAGCAUACCUUUCUUUGCAGUAA